AAGAUCUAUCAAAGCCUAAAAGUUUUAUGCCAGGUGUAUGGGACAUAGAUUAUUCAAAUACUGCACUGAACUUUUAAAGGUAAACUAUGACCACUUUGCUACUAGUGUUCGUGUGUUUGCGUGUCAUCGCUGCAGCAACACCCGUGAUAGUUUCAGACGAUGAUAGCACACUGAGUGUGCGAAUUCCCGAAGAGGCUCCUCUAAAUGUUCAGCUUGGACACUCAGUCACUAUCCCCUGUUACUUCAUCAGUUUGGUAGAACAUUUAACCGUGGCCCCCUCAACAGCACCGAUAACACCAAGGAUCAAGUGGAGCAGACAUAACAAAGGGCGUGAAACAGUAUUGCUGGUGGCCAAUGCUGGGCAAAUCCGUGUCAAUGGAGCCUACAAAGGACGUAUAUCUUUACCAAACUAUCCUCUCAUCCCUUCUGAUGUCAGCCUGGAGAUUGUAAACUUGUUGUCCAGCGAUUCAGGAGUCUACCGCUGUGAAGUAAUGCAUGGAAUUGAGGACAGUCAAGAUGCAGUACAACUCAACGUAAAAGGGAUCGUUUUCCACUACAGAGCAAUCUCCACAAGAUACACUUUGGACUUUGAAAAUGCCAAAAAAGUUUGUAUACAAAACAGUGCUGUCAUCGCUACCCCUGAACAACUCCAGUCAGCUUAUGAUGAUGGCUAUCACCAAUGUGAUGCAGGUUGGCUUUCUGAUCAGACAGUAAGGUAUCCAAUUCAUAAUCCACGAGAACCCUGCUAUGGUGACAAAGAAAUGUUCCCCGGAGUUAGAACUUACGGUGUUCGAGAAACUGAUGAAACCUAUGAUGUGUAUUGCUAUGCUGAAGAUAUGAAAGGUGAAGUGUUUUAUGCAACAUCUCCUCAAAAGUUCACCUUCCAUGAGGCAGAGAAGCAAUGCCAGAAUCUAGGAGCUAGACUGGCUACUACAGGAGAGCUUUAUCUGGCUUGGCAGACUGGCAUGGAUGUGUGCAGUGCUGGUUGGCUGGCAGAUCACAGUGUAAGAUAUCCAAUAUCCUAUGCACGUCCCAACUGUGGUGGAAACUUAGUUGGAGUCAGAACAGUCUAUCUCCACCCUAACCAGACUGGAUAUCCAGAUCCUCUGUCUCGUUAUGAUGCUAUUUGCUAUAAAGAUGAUGCUGAAAACAUUACUAUUCAAACUGUGACACAGCCUGGCCUGGAGCUCAUCUUCCAGAGAAAUGUUACUGAAGAGGAAGCUCGUGGCAGUAUUGCUACCUUGGAAGGUCUGGACUUCACCCUCACACCCUCUGAAGACAGCUUUACAGCUACACCAGUCUUUCCAGGAACGCCUAUAAGUCCAGACCUGGUGCCAACAGAAGCCCCGUUGGAAAACAUUACAGACGAUAGUUUUCAGCUAUGGCUGGAAAAUAUCACAGCUGUUCCAUCUGUUGAAGCCAUUGGCACAGGUGAGGGGGAAGUAGUGCCAGUUACUGCUGCCAUUGAUGUUGCCCAGCCAGAAAAACCCAUCUCUGAAACUGGUAUUGUGUUCCAUUAUCGAGCCGGAUCCAGUCGAUACUCCCUCAACUUCAACCAAGCUAAGCAAGCGUGCCUGGACAACCAUGCUGUCAUCGCAACCCCUACUCAGCUCCAGGCAGCCUUUGAAGCUGGUUUCGAUCAGUGUGAUGCUGGAUGGAUAUCAGACCAAACUGUCAGAUACCCAAUUGUCAAUCCUAGAGAGAACUGCAAUGGAGACAAGAAUGGUUUUCCGGGUGUUAGAAAUUAUGGAGUGGUGAAUCCGGAUGAAGAAUAUGAUGUGUACUGUUAUAUUGAUAAACUACGAGGAGCGGUGUUCUUUGCAACCCAGCCUGAUCACUUCACCUUCCAACAAGCACAAGAGUUUUGUGAGAGCAAAAACGCUACCUUAGCUUCCACAGGGCAACUUUACUCCGCCUGGAAGUCAGGAUUUGACAAGUGCCGAGCAGGCUGGCUAUCCGAUGGAAGUGUUCGCUAUCCUAUUGUGACACCACGUCGAGUAUGUGGGGGUGACCAACCUGGAGUCAGAACGAUCUAUUUGUUUGCAAACCAGACAGGAUUUCCAGAUCCCCUGUCAAAAUACAAUGCCUUUUGUUUCAGGGGUAAGUCUUCUUUGUUUGAGGAGGAGGAGGUCACAGGCACUCCAUCAAUUGAAGAAGAAAUUAUUGCAACUAAGGUGUACCCUGGUGUGGAGGGUUUGCCUUCUGGAGAAGAGAUAACUGUAGAGAUGGUAACUGCCACUGAAUUUGAGAAUGAAACCGACUUCUGGUUAAUAAAUGCCACUGCACUUCCAACUGUUGAAUUAGAAAUAGUGAGGCCUUCAGCAAUUCCUCCCGUGGCUGCAGUUCCAGAGGAUGUCAGUGGAGAAGCAUCAGUCAGCGGGGUUAGUGGUAUUCCAUCUGGAGAAGUCUCUGGGGAGCCUAGUGGAGAAGUUUCUGGUGUUCCUGACAUUAGUGGGGAACUAUCAGCAAGUGGACUUCCUUCAGGAGAGGAAAUUAGUGGAGAACCAUCAGGAAUAAGCGGACUUCCUUCAGGAGAGGAAAUUAGUGGAGAACCAUCAGGAAUAAGCGGACUUCCUUCAGGAGAGGAAAUUAGUGGAGAACCAUCAGGAAUAAGUGGACUUCCAUCUGGUUUAGAUAUAUCUGGAGACAUUAGUGCAAGUGGACUUCCAUCAGGGGAUGUUUCUGGUGAAAUACCAUCGGGUGAAAUUGAUAUCAGUGGUUUACCUUCUGGGUUCCCAUCUGGAGAUGAACUUUUUUCUGGAUCUGCUUCUGGAUUCCCUGAUGUUAGUGGACUAACAUCAGCAGGCACAAGUGGACUUCCUUCUGGAGAUGUUAGUGGGGAGAUAUCUGGUUUUGAGUUAUUUAGUGGGUUACCAUCAGGGUUUGUAAGUGGUCUGUCUUCUGCUAGUGGAGAUUUCAGUGGACUGCCUUCUGGUUUUCCAACAAUCAUACAUGUUGAUACUACUUGGACAGAAGGUGCAACAAAAACACCAGAAACAGAAGCAGAAGGGAAAGGAAUAACCGAGUUUAGUGCCUCUGGUGAUCUAUCUGGGUUACCUUCCACAGAUUUUAGCGGCCUAGUUUCAGGACUAGACCUAAGUGGUGAGCCUUCUGGAGUUUUUGAUACAAGUGGAGAAGUAUCAGGCACUGAUAUCAGUGGCUUUCCAUCUGGAAUACUGGAAAGUAGUGGAGAACUGUCGGGUGAUAUCUCUGGAAUUAGUGGGCUACCAUCUGGAAUAAGUGGUGAAGAAUCUGGAGAUAUAUCUGGAGUGAAGGAAUUUAGUGGGGAGAUAUCUGGCUUACCUAGUGGUGAUCUGUCUGGUAUCAGUGGCUCAGGUUUAGUAGAUUUCAGUGGUGCAAUUGAUAUAAGUGGUGAAAUAUCUGGUGUAAGUGGUGAAACUUCUGCAGUUAUUGAUAUCAGUGGCAUGAGCUCUGGCACAUUUGAUGAAAGUGGUGAACCAUCUGGUGUUACCCUAAUAGAUGGCAGUUUACUAGAAAUUACUAGACCAUCAGAAAAAGAAGAGGAAGGUAAGGGCUCUGUAGAAGAAAGUGGACUGUUUUCAGGAGAUUUCUCAGGUGAAAUAUCUGGGAUUUCUGGUAUAAGUGGGGAACCCUCAGGUGAUAUAGAUGCCAGUGGUCUUUUCUCUGGAGACAUGCCCAGUGGUAAACUAGAUAUCAGUGGACUGACAAGUGGUAUUAUUGAUAUAAGUGGAGAAGCAUCAGGAAUCAGUGGCUUGCCAUCUGGAGUCGAUGAAAUAAGUGGAAUCGAUGAAAUAAGUGGACUCACAUCUGGUAUUCCUACUAUAUCUCAUGCAGAUCUCACUUUAGUAGAGGUCCCAACCACAGGACCUGUUACUGAGGAGGCUGGCCAAGGACCAUCAGGAAUAUUUGAGAUUAGUGGAUUUCCAUCAGGAGAAGCAUCUACAGAAACAUCUGGGAUUAUUGAUUUAAGUGGAUUUACAUCUGCCACACAAGAAAGUGGAGAUAGUUCUGGCAUCUACACUUCUGGGAUCCCUGAUAUCAAACUCAUUACUGAUGAUUUGAUUGAAGCAGUUACUGAACCAACUGUUUCACAAGAGUUAGCUGGAGUGACCAGUCCAUAUAUCAUUGACUCAUCUGCAUCCGGGGAUAUCAGUGGUGAGGCCCCUCUUACUAUUCCUGACAUCAGUGGAGAGCCAUCAGGAAUUCCUCUAACAAGUGGUGAACCUGAAAGAUUUGUUGAAGGUAGUACAGAAGCCAGCACUGAUAUAUCAGGGCAUCAAACGUCCUCUGCCCAUGAUGUGUCAGGUGAAACAUCUGUACCUGACAUAAUUAUUAGCACAUCACAACCAGAAUCUGAGAUAAGUCUUGUCUCAAGGGAACCUGAGGAAGCCAAAACGGAAACAGAACUAUCUGCCUCUGCUUCAGGAGAUGUUACAGAAGAUGUACCACUUGUAGAAGUAACACCAGCACCAUUAACAGAAGCUAAACCACAGGUUGUUCCUGAUGUAACCGAAGUUGAAGGCAUUGUCGGAACAUGCGCUGACAUCCAGUGUGGGGCUGGAAAGUGUAUAGAAAGAGAAGGAAGAGUUCAUUGUCAGUGCACACCAGGAUAUGGAGGAGACAACUGUGAAAUAGACAUUGAUGAAUGCCUUCCAAGCCCUUGUGUGAAUGGAGCUACCUGCGUUGAUGGCAUCGACUCAUUCAAAUGCUUAUGCCUUCCCAGCUACGGAGGGGACCUAUGUCAGAUCGAUAUUGAAGUAUGUGAUGAAGGCUGGACCAAAUUCCAAGGACAUUGCUACCAACACUUCUCAGAAAGAGAAACCUGGGGAGAUGCAGAGAAUACAUGUAGGAGCCAUCAGUCACAUUUAUCUAGCAUCUUGUCACCUGAAGAGCAAGAGUUUGUAAAUGGAAAUGCACAAGACUAUCAGUGGAUUGGGUUAAAUGAUAAAACUGUCGAGAAUGACUUCCGCUGGUCUGAUGGCAACUCUUUGCAAUAUGAAAACUGGAGGCCAAACCAGCCAGAUAAUUUCUUUGCCACAGGAGAAGACUGUGUGGUGAUGAUUUGGCAUGAGAGAGGAGAGUGGAAUGAUGUGCCCUGCAAUUACCAUCUGCCCUUUACAUGCAAGAAAGGAACAGUGGCUUGUGGAGAUCCUCCAGUAGUAGAGAAUGCAUACACACUAGGAAGAACGAAAGACCGGUAUGAAAUCAGCUCAUUAGUCCGGUACCAGUGUAACCAAGGGUACUUACAGCGUCAUGUUCCUAUAAUCCGAUGCCUAUCAAGUGGGCAAUGGGAAGAACCACGGAUACAGUGCAUAAAUCCUUCCACUUACAGACACAAGAGAAACCCCAGAAGACCACCGAAAUCCACUGGCAAAACUGCACAACAAAACACCCAUUAAAAGGAAACGGACAAAAAAAAUAUUGUAAAGAACAUUUAUAUUAACAAUGUCAAUUUGUUUUUGUUUUGUCAUGUAAGGAGUUUAUAUUGAAGAAAAAGCCAAGUUGUAUAUAAAAAAAGCACCAAAGCAAAUUAGGUUUAAGCAUUUUUACUAAUGGUCAAAGAAGUGCCUUUAUCAGGAACCCUGUUGUGCCUUUCAUAAUAGAGGGUGGAAAAAAAGAUGAUUGGAUAAACAAAAGGCUUUGUGAAGCCACAAAGACUAUUUUCCUAGUGUUUUAAAUAUAAUGUGAUAAUGAUGUGAUAUUUUUAUUAUUUAAACUCCAGGCUGGCCGAAUUGAAUGAAGUAAUAUAAAUAUAUUAAACGUUACAAAUACAUUGCACAUCAAGGACCUUGAAUAAAAGAGAAAAAAUUGUGAACAAUUGCUGAAUGUAUCUCAAAUGUGAGAGGACAAAGGGGUGGGGUGGGUGAGAGAUUGACAAAACAGGGUCUGUCCACACAUGCUUUUGAUUGGAAUGCAAACUCAUAUAAAGUACUUUUUGUAUAUUGUUUCACAUAUAUGUUACAAUAUGCAAUAAUGCAUAGCCCUCUCCCACCGCACUCAUCACCCAGAGUUUACUGAUGUCACUUUUUAAGUAAACCUUUGCUAAGAGUGUUUGUCAGAGAUCUGCAUGGGCAGGCCCAUACCUCCCAACAGUCCCAAUUCGGCAGGACAUUGCCAAUAAUAAUGAAUAAAAAUAUGGUCAGUCUCUGCAUUA